CAUCUUGAUGCUUUUGUUUCUGAAUGGCUCUUUAUCGAAUGUAAUUCUGCCUUCUGCGUCCUGCAUGUCCUAUGUAUGCCUUGUCGCCUCAUGUUUACACCAUACAAACGUGGCAACAGUCCCAAUGCUCCCGUUUCGAACCUGCUAAGUUUCAAUCUUCCAUACCCACCACCUCGACGCUUGAAUCACGGUAUUGAAAGCGGCGGUGAAGGAGGCGUUCGUUUCCUUGCUCACCCUCUUUUCCUGUCAAACGUGCGUACCUGCGUGCCUCCGGAUGUAGACACGAAACAUGCAUGCAAAAUAGAGUCUUACAUCUUACGUUACUCCAACAUAUGUUACUAUUUUAUGCGUCAUUCUUUUUCGACACUGACCACCAACACCAACGAUAAUAUAGCAUCAUCAUUAUUUUUAUUCUCGGGACACUCAACCCGAAUGUGCGUUUUUGUGUUCCAUCCACCAGAACCACCGACAGAGCGAAACGGCCAGGUACAGCAGCAUCACGAGCGUGUGUGCACAUUUUCCCUUCCCGAGUAAGGGGUAGGAAGAGCAUCUGCGCAGGGGAAUGGUUUCGGUGCGACGGAGGUACGAUUCGGUUGUGACUCUCAUCCUUCUUCUCUGGAGUAGCACAUGGAGCGUGUGCUGAGGGACAGACAUGUGACGUUGACGUUCUGGAAGGGUGAUGUACUCGGGCAAGGGGCCUUGUGCUGUCACAAGUUUUCUUUUGGGCUUCCUCUAUGUUUCCCGGUGCUGU